AUGUCGUCCUCCUCCUCCAUGCUCCUCCUCCUUCUCCCCCUCCUCCUCCUUGGCUCGUCUGCCCACGCCCAACUCUCCCCGCCUCCGCCCCCGGCCCCGGCCCCCAUCAACGUCACCGAGAUCCUCAUGGGAGACGGGCAAUGCAACGACAUACUCCGCUUACUCAACGGGAUCGGGAUCAUUAGGCAGCUUGGCAUACUCAACCAGACCGGGACCAUUGAUCAGCUCACCGACUCGCUCUACAACUCGCUCGGCAAGCUCUACAAAUCGCUCUUCAACUCGCUCACCAACACGCUCACCAAGUCGCUCCCCUACCAGUACUCCAUGUCGCUCGGCAAGUCGUUCCGCAAGUCGCUCGACGAGUCGCUCGGCGAGUCGCUCGACAAGUUGCUCUUCAGGGGCUCUGGAUAA